GCGCGGCAAAUCAGCGAGAGGCAACAACAAAACAAUAACAAACAUUAAGACGUUGUCCAGGGAAACGGCGCAGUUGAGGCAACCCAGCAUUAGCAUGGAGAAGGUCGCUAGCAAACAAUACGAAUCGAAAAUCUGGCCAGAUAUUGUCGAUAGCGAUGACAGCGAUGUGGAAAAUGAAAUAGAUGUUGACAAAUUGCCCCCACUGGAGGUGGGGCCCAAUGAGAACCGCCUGCAGCACACAUACUGCCUCUGGUUCUCCCGGAAGGGCACACAACGAGCGGCCACCGACUAUAGCAAAUCGCUGCAUGUGGUCGGGCGCUGUGCCAGCGUGCAGCAAUGGUGGUCACUCUACUCGCAUCUGAUACGGCCGACGGCGCUGAAGCCCUAUCGGGAGUUGAGUCUCUUCAAACAGGGCAUCAAGCCGAUGUGGGAGGAUCCGGCGAAUAGUAAAGGCGGCCAGUGGGUCAUACGUUUGCGAAAGAAUAAAAUUGAGCGCGCCUGGGAGAACGUCUGCAUGGCCAUGCUGGGUGAGCAAUUUCUGGUUGGCGAUGAAAUCUGCGGCAUUGUGCUGCAAACAAAGUAUCCGAUGAAGCCCAAGCUGAAAAAGGCAGCCCAACCAGAAGGUGCAACGGUCACGUAGCGCCAGUCAGGUGUGUGCCAGGAUCCAGUCGGAGCAGCAGCAGGAACAGAAGCCCGAACAAGGAGAAGAGCCUGCUGCUGACUAAUUAACGCGUGCGGAACGCGGAGCUGGGCGAAUGAAUGGGAUGUCACGCCCACGUCGAACUCGUCCGCAACCAGCUAGACGCCCACAGUUGGAAAAUUAAGUUUAACCAAGUUGGAAGCUUAGCAAUUGGCCAUUUACAAAAUGCGAUGAGAGCAGCGAUGGGAGAGAUGGGGGAGGGGGCGGUUGAUUUAAUUUUGGGUAGCUGGAAUCGGGCGAAGGAGCUCUUAUGAAAAUAUUCGUGGCACGUGUUGCCCGUGCAAUGUUUUGUCGCUCGACAACAACAAACUCUCAAUUAACUAAUCUAGCAUCUAAUUACAACAACAACAACAACAACAAGUUUACAUAUAUUAU